AUGUCUGCGGACUGCCGGGAACUAGAGAUGGAGGCGGAGCGAUUUAAGGGCGAACUGUACUUGCAUCGAUCCUAUCAAUCGCCUGGAGCUUCUGUUGAACAGAAAACGAAUGCAUCCCGCCCUCGUUCUAGAACUUCCACAAAAUUUUCUUCCGCUGUCUGGGGAAUGCUCGUUGUGUUGAUCUCAACCUUCUGGGUCACUCCUGUGUCUGCUGUGUUUAUAGAGUUCUCGAACUGCUUGGAGGAGAGCUACCAGGGUAACACUCCUUAUCAGUUACAGUUUGUUCCCUACUUCCUAUGGGCAGUAUUCAAUACCACCGAUUCAACUCAUAACCUCGCGCUCCAAGUAUUUGGUGAUGUCAAAGGGUCUGGUCCGGGGCCAUCAAUAUCGAUCCCACCUUUAUCCAACGACACAGCGUACUGGCAAAGUAACUCAUCCGACACCUACAAUGGCAAGAUUGCAGACGAGCCAGAUCCCGCAUCUCAGAAGCUUACAACGCUCUCUAAUAAGGUCACCGUGCUAACCUAUGAGCCUUUCAAUGAAUAUGUAGAUUUCUGUCAGCAGCUAGUCAAUGGCACAUGUCCCCUAGGCCCUUCUUUCAAUGCUUCAAGGUGGAAUCCAUUCACUUUUCCUUCUUUCGGGUUCAGGAACAACUUCUACUCCUCAUAUGCUUUCACCUCAUUCAGUGCAACAAUGGUCAUUAAGAAUGGCGAUACUGCUGCUACUUCUAUUGGAUGCAUAUCAGCUGACAUUACGCCUGACAUCGGAAGCAGUUUAGCUGCGGUUGUGAAGUAUGUCCCUAUGGUCGUGCUCGUGUGUGUCGGGUUCGCAACUGCUUUUGCAGGCAUAUACAGCCCCUGGGGUACGAAUGAUAUAUUUCGAUGGACGACAAAUUAUGGCCGAGAUGCUGACCUUCUCCGUUUGGUCACCCCUGGUUUUGGCGACUGCUUACAAUAUAUCCAAUUUGUUGUUCUUACCGGAGGAUUGACACUUAACUACCCUGGUUUUUAUCAACCUAUCGUUAGUAAAGUUGCUUGGUCUUCCUUGAUGUUUAACGAGAGCUUCGUCAGCAACACCUACAAAGAGGGCUUGGUAGACGGUAUAUACGUAGUGAACGGAACUUACGGUCUCGAUCGGAUGCGACAACUUAUUGGAAUGGGAGAAGCCGACGAUGUCUGGGCCGGCAUGGCUGUCUGGCUUUUGUCUAUCAUUGGGGUGGUUCUCGUACUUGUCCAAAUCGGUUUCGCGAUGCGGUGGAUGCGGCGACUACUUAUGGGUACGCAAGAAGAGGAUUUGAGGAAGAAAAAUAUGCCAUUUUCGGUUGGAAAUGUGAUUCGGAUUGUCUUUAACUAUUUCUUACUUCCCGUCGUUGCUCUUUCUAUGUUUCAACUAGUCGAGGCUUCCAGCUCACCAGCCUAUACGACCGGUCUGGCUUUAGUUAUGCUAAUCGUGAUUGUCGUUUUUGCUAUCUAUUUGUUGUACCUCAUUGCAACGGCAAGACCGAAAUCUUACCUGUUCGAUGAUCUUCCCACGGUGCUUACCUACGGAGCAUUAUACAACACAUAUUCGGACAAUGCGGCACCUUUCGCCCUCGUACCAGUACUCCUGACCUUGCUUCGCGGUAUCUCGAUUGGAGCUGUUCAACCUUCGGGCAUUGCCCAGCUCGUUCUACUUGCUAUUUGCGAGGUCAUCACGAUAUUGACAUUACAUGCCUUUCGCCCCUUUCAUUCUCCAACAUCAAUGAAUGCCUACCACACAUUCUUCGCCGCUGUACGCUUUUCAACCAUUUUGUUAAUGAUAGCAUUCGCUCCUUCACUUGGUAUUACUGAAGGGCCAAAGGGAUGGGUUGGCUAUGCGAUUCUCCUAAUGCAUGCUAUUGUACUCAUCCUUGGCUUUCUGCUGAAUGCUAUCCAGACAAUUGUUGAAGUUGCAGCCAGGCUUGCCGGGGCCGGAGGCGAUGAGAGCGGAGCAGCUAGAGGUGGUCUUUCCAAGGUAUUCGGUAUGCGGCAAUUGUCUAGAAGAUUACCUCGUCGGGACGCCACAUCACGUCAAAGUCAACUGUCAAGCGCCGCUAUGCUCUCUGAGCAAGACAGAAAAUCAUAUCUAAAUGAAGGAGGCAGGCUUCGCAGUCAGUCUGCCGGCAGUGCUGGUAUUUUGCUCAACAGGCAGAGUGCAAAUCUCGAUAGUAUGGCUGUAGACGCCUUUGGUGCCAUGCCCGCGCAUCAUGUCAGCAGCGGUGCGCCGAGCUCUUAUACUCCAACAACACCAGGAGAGGCAAGCACGUUUUCAUUUUUGCCAUCGGCUGCAGCGCCGAGCGGUCGAGGACGCAAUAAAGGCCCCAUACUUGGCCUGGACACAACCGAUGCAGCUGAUCCCUACUAUCGCCCUCCCAGAUUCCGCCGACCGACGGCAGAUGCUUAUUCUCCAGGGGCGAGGAGUCGAGGUUCGUGGGCUAGUGGCGAUUGGACCAAUAGACGUUGGAGUCAGCAUGAAUCCCCACCCGCCGAUCCUGAUGCCAUUGAGCCAUUUGAGGGUCCUUCAAUUUCCGGACGUAACAGCCCGUCUCAACAGCAAGCGUUAGAUGGGGCACCACUAGAGCUUAACCGAUCGAAAGCUGAUUACACUACAAGAGAAGUGGACUUCUACUACGGAGUUCGUGGACCCGCGUUAAACGCCGAAGCACCUAGUCGAAGAAUAAAGACUGGUCCAACAGAUCCCACAGGAAUCCCUGCCUCUGCGGCGGGUUGGUUCAAGAGCCUCUUCAAAGGCAAAACGAAAGAAAAAGGUAAAGGCUUCGAGGUAGUGCGGAGCUCCAGGAUGCCGCCAGGAAUGAGCAACGCAAGGAACGCACCUGGCGACGAGUCACCGCCCGAGGGGAUUCCAGUCGCUACAGGAGCGAUUCGACAUGGUCCUAUUGACUCUGACUCUGAUGACGGACACGAGCGAGUUGGCUCAUCAGGAAAAAUUGGCCCAUCGCACCUUGACGGGGCCGAUGCCGACGAUGGUGAAUUAGUCAGCCCUAUAGUAUCGGAUGAUGGACGAAGUUACCAUGAUUAUGAGGACGAGUUUGAAAUGACUAGGAUUUCCGAUCUUCCUCCCUCGUUGCAAGGGCUGAAAAUCCCCGAAGGCGGUAUGGAAUUGCCUAGUAGAUUUCCUUCCAAAGCUAGCUCAAGAGUACCCCAUGGUUCACGAGCCGGCGACCCGAUACCAAACAUGCCUUUAAGCUCGCCGGUCCGAACACCUACAGUUCCGCGAAAGAGUUCCCGCCGAAAGUCACAGAACACAAGUGUGGAUUUAAGCCUUCCAGGUAGUAGAGGUCACACACCUCAAAACUCCCUCACUUCACGACUUCCAUUUGAGAGGUCGAAUUCCGAUAAGCGACAUUCCGACGCAUCUGCCAAAUCCAGCAUAGCACCGAACGAUGGAUAUGGGCAUUCUCGAAACACUUCGUUUGGUAAUUUUACAGAGGCGUAUGGGAAUGAUCGGCCAACAAGUGUAGGAUAUGUUUCUCAGCAUCACAUUCAUACCAUCAAUCCGCCGGAGAACAACCCACAAUACCUCGGCAGCUCCGCUGAACUGGUAGAUGGACGAAUUAGUGGAGGAUCAUCUAUUGAUCAUCCUCAAUGA